AUGAAGAACGCGACCGCUGACGAGUUGAACCGAAUUUAUAAAGCCACCACGACUGCCAUCAAUGCUCAGGAGAGCAUCGAAAGGCCCAUCGGCACGCACGGUAUGGACCUCUUCAAUUACCUGCUCGUCGAGCGCUUUGACCCACAGACUCGAAUGCAGUGGGAGUCCUCAAUCCGCGAUUCCGUCGACCCGCCAAGCAACGACGUCCUUAUGGACUUCAUAGCGAAGCAGAUCCUCACGCUGAACGCCGUGCAGCCAACCACUGCCGCGAAAUCCGGAGACACUUCUCGGUCCGCAAAGUCGCACUUUGUAAAACGCGCAUCCGGUUCGUCAACGUGCGCCGCCUGUAAAGAAAAGCAUUCGAUUAUGCAAUGCUCGACGUUCAAGGCCAAGACCGCUGCCGAGCGAAAAGGCCUAGUAGAAGCAAACAGAUUGUGCUUCAACUGCCUCGGUAACCAUUACCUGGCAAAAUGUCAGUCGUCGAAAACGUGCUUCACUUGCAAAGCACGCCACCACACGCUUCUGCACGACGCAUGCUCGCAAUCUGAUGGUGCGAUUUCCUUGUCCACCACACGCUUCGCAUCAGACCGCAAGGCAAUUCUUCUUGCCACCGCACGGGUUACUAUCAAGGACCACGUGGGAAGACCGCACAUCCGAGCACUGAUCGACCAAGGAUCAGAGGUCUCUCUAGUCUCAGAGGCCCUGGCACAACGAUUGCGCCUGCCGCGGAUCCGCUCCUCGAUGACGAUAGCCGGGAUCGGAGGAGCCUCUGGAGCAACCCGCGGAUGGCUGUCUUUGGCGCUCUCCUCGGCAAUAACUGGAGCAACACUCCCCGUCCAGGCGUACGUCCUGCCGCAUCUCUCCGCGUACCAGGGGCCCAUCGUGCGAGCCAGCGUCACCUGGCCCCACAUACGCGGUCUCUCUCUGGCCGAUCCGCAGUAUUUAGACCGAGAUUCAAUCGAGAUACUGCUCGGUGCGGAUGUCUAUUCCGCCAUCCUUCAAGAUGGACUCCGCAAGAGAUGCAAAGACGAGCCCAUCGCGCAGAAGACCUCCCUCGGGUGGAUCCUGUCGGGAACACCGAGCACGACCCAGGGUAGCCAUGCGCUCACCAAUGCACUAUAG